CCACAGUCAAAGUCAAACAAACCCCAUCUCCACUCCCACACCCCAGGUCUCUCUUUACUUUUUGUUCAUAACUCACUCAUAUUCUCCACACCAUUUUCCCCAAAUCUUUCUUCCAUUUCAAACCCUAAAUUCGAUUCACACCAAUUUGGGGGUUGUUUCUUGAACCCUAGAAAAUUCAACAACAAGGGUUUUAUUUGCAAUCUCUGUUCUUUCUAUUUCAAAAUGCCAAUGUUCACAGCAAUUUGACAAAUACCCUUUUUUCCUUUUGUUGAAACCCUAAAAACCCUAAAAGGGUUUUGUUUAAUUCUUCCAAAAACUUGUUUUUUUUUAACUUUUUUAACUUUUUUUAAACAAUUUUCAUCUGGGUGUUCUUGAAAAUUGUUAUCUUUGGUCAAGAAUCAAGAAAGUUGCUUGCUUUAUGUUCAAAAUCCCAAUCUUUGUUGGGAUUUUUGUUGUUAAUAUACCCAAUUGGUAGUUUGUUUUGAAUACCCAGAAAGAUCAAGAAAAGGGUUAUCUUUUCUUGUUUUUUGUUGUUUUUUUUUUUUUUUUUUUUUUUUUUGUAAUUUAGAUUUUACAGCUGUUUUUUUUGGGUUUAAAUAAGGUUAAGAAUGGAUGAUUGUGAUAAUAGUAAGGUGUUUGUGGGUGGGAUUUCAUGGGAGACAACAGAAGAUACUUUAAGAGAACAUUUUAGAAGCUAUGGAACUGUUGUGGGUUCGGUGAUUGCUAAAGAUCGAGCCACCGGUACCCCUCGUGGGUUCGCUUUUGUUUCGUUUUCGGAUGCGUCGGCUCUUGAUAAAGUUCUUGUUGACACCCAUACAAUUCUUGGCAGAACGGUUGAAGUGAAAAAAGCGGUACCAAGAAGUGAACAAUAUCAAAACCAGCAAGAACAGAACCGAGGGCAAAACAGGAAUUUCAGAAAUAACGGUACUAAAACCAACGACAACUUAAAAACUAAAAAGAUUUUUGUAGGCGGGUUAUCUGCAAACUUAACCGAAGACGAUUUCAAGUUCUACUUUGAAAAAUUCGGUAGGAUUACCGACGUGGUUGUGAUGCACGAUAACGUGACCCACAGGCCACGUGGGUUCGGGUUCAUCACGUUUGAUUCCGAGGAUUCGGUUGAACAAGUCAUGCAAAAAAGCUUCCAUGAGUUGGGCGGUAAACUUGUUGAGGUCAAAAGGGCGGUACCGAAAGAGGUUGGCGGCGGAAUUACUAGCGGCAAUAGGGAUUCUAACUUUAGUGGCGGACAACAACCGGCCGCCCUGUAUAGACCCAUGUACGAUGUUUAUUCCGGUUAUGGAAUGUUUCCGAGCUACGGAGGUGGUUAUCCGUACGGUGGUGGUGUGUUUGGGGGCGGUUAUCCGGUUGGCGGUUACGGGAUGGCGGCGGUUCCACCUAGGGUUCCGUGGGGUGGUCCGGCAAUGGUUGGCAUGAGGGGGGGACCAUUGCCGUUGACUGUUUACCCGACGUACUUGAACGACGGACAUGGGUUAAUGGGUAUGCCGCUGGCGAAUGGUUAUAACGGGAUUGUGGGACCCGCACCGAGCGGGAUGCCGAGUCAACUCAGUGAGCAACUCUGGGGGAGUGUAGAUAACAAUUCUUUAGGGUCAAGUGGUGGGCAGGCUAGGAAAAAUGACCAAAGUGGUGUUGGAGACAACACUGACUGACUAGUUGAGGGUAUUUUGGUAAUUUAACCAUGGUAUCCUUUUGUUUAGGCACCUCUAACUUUGUUAUAAAAAGAUGUUGGUUUCUUUGUAUCAUUUCUAGUUUUUUUUUUUAAUAAUUUUAGGAUUAUGGAUUUGGUAUUUAUGUAAAAUAGUUCUUUACAUUUAUGUUUAUUUGGCUAUGAAUACACCUAAAAGUACAUAAUUUGUUAGUUA